GCACUCCGCGGCUCUCCGGGUGCCAGCGUCCCAGCCGCGGCCCGCGCGCUGCCCCGCGCCGCCUCCUCCUCCUCCUCUCCGGGCACCCCUCGUCCCCGCUUUCCUCGGCUGCCCGGCCCGGCCCGCGGCAGCCCCCAGCCCCAACUCGGUCACAUCCCCAACUCUCCGGGCUCCCUCCUGGGACGCGCGUCCUCGCCCCAUCCUUUCUUCCUUCCUUCCUCCCCGCUCCGGCGCCCGCCCGCCCUCUCCAGGUCUGCCUCCCGGGGCCCGGUCGUCCCCGUCCCCGCUCGCUCGGCCCGCGCCCUGCCCCGUCCCCCGCUCGCACUUCCUGAGUCGCCCGGCCGCCGCGUCCCCGCUCCGGCCCCCGCAGCCCGCGGCGCCCGCCCGCCCGGGGGAGCCCCGGCGCCCGCGGAAGGCAGAAGUGGGCGAGCGCGCCCUCGCCAGCCCCGCGCCCCAGCCCUGCCCCGCGAGCGAGGACCGGGAAGAUGAACAACGGCGGCAAAGCCGAGAAGGAGAACAGCGCGAGCGAGGCCAACCUUCAGGAGGAAGAGGUCCGGACCCUGUUUGUCAGUGGUCUUCCUCUGGAUAUCAAACCUCGGGAGCUCUAUCUGCUUUUCAGGCCAUUUAAGGGCUAUGAGGGUUCUCUUAUAAAGCUCACAUCUAAGCAGCCCGUAGGCUUUGUCAGUUUUGACAGUCGCUCAGAAGCAGAAGCUGCGAAGAAUGCCUUGAAUGGCAUCCGCUUCGAUCCUGAAAUUCCGCAAACACUACGACUAGAGUUUGCUAAGGCAAACACGAAGAUGGCCAAGAACAAACUAGUAGGGACUCCAAACCCCAGUACUCCUCUGCCCAACACUGUACCUCAGUUCAUUGCCAGAGAGCCAUAUGAGCUCACAGUGCCUGCACUUUACCCCAGUAGCCCUGAAGUGUGGGCCCCGUACCCUCUGUACCCAGCGGAGUUAGCGCCUGCUCUACCUCCUCCUCCUUUCACCUACCCCGCUUCACUGCAUGCCCAGUGUUUCUCUCCUGAGGCAAAGCCCAACACACCUGUCUUUUGUCCACUUCUCCAGCAAAUUAGAUUUGUCUCUGGGAAUGUGUUUGUAACAUAUCAACCUCCUACAGACCAGCAGAGGGAGCUCCCAUGUUGAAUCUGUUCGUUAGCUACUUCCCCCCCCCGCCCCCACCCCUACUUUUGCAAAAACUAUUUCUUGGCGACGUGUGAGAUUUCAAUAAAAAUUUUAAUCAGAACAAAAAUGAUCUCAAGCAGACUGCAGCGUUUUUGUUUUCAUGGUGAUGCCAUGUUGGAGCUGUAAGGUGGUUGAUCUCUGACUGAGAUUCUGGGAGAAGUGGGCCCUUGUCACUAAGUGUACCUUACAUAGGAAAAGACUCAGAGCAUCCGGGGGAAGCUAGACUGCAGAGCCGAGGGCUCGAUGCUGCCACCUGUCUCUUCUUGGGCUCCCGGAUGAGCCGGCAAGCACCGCAUUCUGGAAGAUUCUCAUUCCAGCCUCUACCAGUCACCCACCAGGAGAUCUUGCUCCGGCAGGGACGGUGUGUCUGGCCCACGUGAAACAAACGGUGGAUGCGUUUCCCAGUCUGCCCACUGUGGUCCAGAGGAAGGAAGACCCAGGAGACAGAAACUGCCAUUGAAAUGGAGUGGAGUCACAUGUCUAGCCCUGCCCCAGCUUCCCGCGUGGUCUGGUGCCCCUUCAGAUUUCCCAGGUCUAAAUUGAAGAUCCUUAUUUGCCAUCAAAUCCAACUUUUUAGAAAUUACCGGGUAAGGUAAUAGGACUGUAUGUAAACCCUAGUACUGCCUUAUUUUUAGAAGUGAAAGAGCAACUCUGUCCAGCAGACAUCUGAUUUGUAAGAAGGUCAUUACCUUUUUCGAAGUGAUCUUCUGGUUUAUUUUCAAGGUCAUUGGUAUUUGAAAUUUACUAAAUACUGUUCAUUGCGUAAGCCACUGUGGAUAGGAGAAGAAGGUUCCAUCCAUUGCUUUCAGGAAGGUUACAGUCCGAAGAGCAUACAGCUGGCUGUUCCUGUCACCUCACAUUCACACACCUCCAGAGGCUUUGUAAGUCUGGGUUCAUUGUUUGCAUUUAGUCUUUCUGCUGAUGGGGCAGAGAGGAAGUCUCGAAAAUGUGCCAUCCUUGCUACAUUCUCGAGUCGGAGUUACAGAGUUGGGCAGAAACUUUGGCAGGUAAGUAGGACUGAGAAGGAAAGUCCUGGUUACCUGUCUUCUGUGUCAAAGGCCUCAUCUGCCCCGAGUGACAGUGGCUCUUUCAGAACCCUUCCGGGCUGCUAUACAUCCCUGUAUGUAAACAGUUUCCCAAUCGUUCCACAGCCUUCCUGCGUGCCCCUGGGGAGGUCCCUUGUGACACACUGGAAAAAUUUUUAAAGGUUAAACCCAAAAUAAAUACAGAAAUGGACCAUGGGAAAAGAGACAUAAGCAAACGGGGCUGGCAGAUCACAGAGAGCAAGAUGGCCAAGUAGCGUGUGGACCGUCUACACUGCAGGACUGACCCCACCGCCACCGUGUUUAAGCAGUUACUCCUCAGCAGGGUGCAACUUCUAAGAACUGGAUUGUAAAAAAAAUUAAAAAAAAAA